CUCUGCCAUCGGAGAAUCGGUUCGAGUUCGAGUUCGAGCGGUACACACUUUGGAUCUGCUCCGCGCUGCUGUUGGCCUACGAAAAGCGAGAUAUUGAUAGUUUCGGCAUUGUCGUAUCAAAAUAAAGUGAACAUUCGUUUGAAGGCAACCGUUUAGACAAGGCGCGUUUUAUUUUUAUUGUUAUUAAUAUUAUUAUUGCGCUUCUCUCGAAUGUAGACCAAUAACAUCUUCAACUUUUAUUAGUAACAUUUCGGAAGAGUUUCAAGUGAAAGAAGCCAAGUGAUAAAAGCAGAAAAAGGGAAAUUUUGCAUUUUGUGCAAAUUUUACCGUCUUGAAUUGACAAAAUCGUAUUGGGAGACCCGUGAAUUUCCAAAAUAUGGACCUCCAUAAUUGACAAGUGUUCGACUUUUUGCAAUGAAUGUGUCGCCGCAGAAAAUGAAAAUUCGUAAAAAGUUUUUACAGUGACUAUAGAGGAAAACAAAUUUGCUGAUAAUAAUUGUAUGAAACAUAGUGACAGUGACCAGAAAACAAUCAUCAGGUGACAAUAGUAAGCUACACAUCAGCGGUUAAUAAUUGUGACACCCGGAAAAAAUAAGUGCUGUUUCCAUUACGUAUAAUGAUUAUGCAAUAUGUGUGUGAAGUGGAUGAUAAUAGUGAUAUGAAUAUAAAUUCUAUCUAGAGCUCUUCAUCCCUUGAUUGCUAUCGUGAAACAGACUGACAUAACACCGCAAAAAAGAAAAAGUUCGAAUCUCGCUCAAACGAGGGGCGAGCCAAUAUUUGUUUUUCGAAUUGAGAACUCAUCAAAGUAUUCAAAAUUUUGGCAAACAUGAAUUCGUAUUUUGAGCAAACUGGUUUCUACGGCCAUCCCCACCAAGCAGCCGGUAUGAUGGCAACAACCGGAACCCACCACGAUCAAACUACGGCAGCCGCAGCGGCCGCAUACAGAGGCUUUCCACUGUCCCUAGGAAUGUCCCCUUACACGAACCAUCACCUACAUCAAAGUCGAUCCUCACAAGACUCGCCGUACGAUGCUAGCCUGCAAGCAGCAUGCAAGCAAAUUUACGAAGGUUCCUAUAGUACCAAGGACUGCGGGAAAACAGGCAGCGGAAAUGGAACCACAGACACCACCAACGGCUACAAAGAUGUGUGGAACUCGACAAACACGAGCGCCAACAGCAAUACCAACACAGCAACUGGCGGAAAUGUACCUGCACAGCAAAAUAGUUCAGUUCCUGUACGACCCUCGGCAUGCACGCCGGAUUCCCGCGUUGGUGGCUACAUUGAUACGUCUGGUGGUAGUCCUGUCAGUCGGACAGGUUCAACCGCAGCCACCGGUGUUGCCGGAGCGUGGAACACCAACCAAUGCUCACUGACUGGUUCGACCGGUGGCCAAACAGCACCAACCACCGGUCUGCAUCAGUCGAACCACACGUUCUAUCCCUGGAUGGCUAUAGCAGGUAAGAGAUAUUCAGAAUCUCUUGCGGGCACACUUCUUCCAGACUGGAUAGGUGCCAACGGAUUGCGACGGCGAGGACGGCAAACCUAUACCCGAUACCAAACGCUGGAGCUCGAGAAAGAAUUUCACACGAAUCACUACCUAACCCGUCGGCGUCGAAUCGAAAUGGCUCACGCACUCUGUUUGACGGAGCGACAGAUUAAGAUCUGGUUCCAAAACCGCCGGAUGAAGCUGAAGAAGGAAAUCCAAGCCAUCAAAGAACUGAAUGAGCAGGAAAAGCAAGCGCAGGCACAGAAAGCAGCGGCGGCAGCGGCAGCGGCAGCGCUGCAUGAGCAGAACUAGGGGUUAGAACAUACCAAUCACAGUAGUUCUAGUAAUUAUUUAUACUAAUUUUAGCAAGUUCUAAUGUUUUUGGUUAGAGCCUCAACUAUUUUUAUGAAUAAAUCUGUUUUAGUUUUUUUUAAUUUUACACAAAACGUGUUAUGUUUCAAUUUUUAGUUUCGUUUUCAAUGGAAAAUAAGGUUUCGUUUUAAGUAAAUUAAAUUUGUAUAAAGAAAUGUUGCUGAAGAGAUUAAUUUAAACAACUACUAAAACGCUAGUGAAAGGUAUAAGAAGAUAACCCUCAAUUCUAGUUGGGGAACAUUCCCGAGUUAGGGAAGUGUGUUGUAAAAAGAUCUGAUCAUAAGAAUGCAAAAUGUGGAAAAUGUACAAAACCGAUGGUAAAACUAUUUUUAAUCCUCUACUCAACUCAGCCUAUUAAAUACUUUUUGUGAUGUGGUAAUUGCAAUACGUAGAUUAGUGAGCAAUUGGCAAAUGAAUUUGGCUAUCGAUCGAUAUUAUUUGGUAGCUUUCUGCUUCAAAAAAGAUGCCUGAUUUCUUUGUUCAUUUGAUAGAAUCAAGACAAAUUUGAAGAUUCUUUGUUACUAUUUUAUUUCCAUUACAUCUGCUUUGUAAAUAUUUCUAACAGCUUUAUCGAUAUCUGAAUAUUAUAUUCUCCAUGAUUUCUUCACAAAUGCGGCAGAAGCCAACAUUGGCUAUCAUUUCAACUGAACGUACUUUUUUGAAUUAUAGAAUGUGUUCUGUCUCGACCAUCCACUACUAUCCAAGUCCAUAAGUCUAGUGAGCAACAAUAAUACGUAAUAUUUUGUGAAGCAACAAAACACGUUUAGAUAUUAUCAAUAAUGAUUAAUAGUUGGUCCAGUUUUAAGCAAACAAACGAUGUAGUAACAUAUUGUUCGUGUACUUAUUUAUUGCAGGGAAAUGCUUGUAUAUAGUCAAACCUAAUGUUUGCCCUCAUCAAAAUUUUAUUUAGUGCAAUAAUUUCACGGCCCACAAAAAAUAUCUGUAGGAAUCUGGUAAAAUCAGUCCAACAUUCAGUGAAUGGAGGCAGCAAGUGAAAAAGCUAAAACACAUGAGAAACAAACAAACAAACGAAAAUCUAACUGUCACGAGUUAAACAAAGCUGCAUGUGUAGUGAUCAACCGGCGUAGCGUAGUUUAAUCUUUACUUUUAGACCCAUCCUAAACGAAAAUCGCCAUAAACAACAUUUCAGCUACCCAUUCCUGUUCUCCCGGAAGUCUCUUCUCUAUCUGUGCUUCACAACAUGUCCUUUUCCAAAACUAUGUGAACGAUAUCUAUGAGAAGCCAAAAUAUUUGUAAAAAUGUAGCAAUACUGUUUUUUCUCUGUCGAACAAAACAACUAGCGAACCUAAACCUUAUUUUAAACUAUCCUAUCAGCCAGGAUAUCUGGUGCUCUCUGAGACAUUCACCAACCCAGUGAAGGAAACCCCUCAAACGGUGUAAGACUACAGAGGAAAAUAGGUCAAAAAUACGUAAUUAGACAAAAUAAGAGUAAUUCUAAUGAAAACAAAUGGAAAAAAUGUAUACGUAACUAGUUGUUAAGAUAAAGUAUAUUUAAUAUAAAUGAAAGGUAAAUUGAGGCAAAAUGUGGAAAAGUUACAAAAAAGUAAAAAAAUAAGAAAAAAAACAAUUUACAAGUAAUGGAAUGAUAAAGUAAGUAAAAUAGUUUUUUAUAGCCAAUAAGUAACUUAAUUGGAAUGAAGCAUUGGAGCUAAUCACCGAAAUUACGCACUCAGAACAAAACAAUAUAUUCCACUGAGUGAAAGUUAGAACGAGGACUGUCAAUGUUUGACGUCAACAAAUGAGCAAAAAGGCAGUUCCUAUAUGUGAAAAAAAGGAGAAACAAUCCUAUUCAAUGUGUUGAUGGAGCGCAUGGAAAUGAAAAUGAAAGCACUAUGACAAAAUAAAUGACUACAAAAUUUAA